AGCCUGAAGUAAGAUGACUUCAGUUGAAGAUAGUGAAGCUGGUGCCUCAGAAGAGGUGCCAGUGGGAAAUCCUGAAGAAAUUGCCAAAAAUCCUGCAGCUCUGAAAGAGGCAAAUGAAGCGAUGGCAACUUUAGAUGUGCUAGUUUGUGGGCACUGCCACUCUGCUUUCCACUUUGUUGAAGAGUUCCAGGAGCAUAAGGAAGGUGGUAAUUGCACUGUCAAGUCUCCAGUUCGAGACAGUAAUGAAAGCAAAGCACAAGUCUGGGCAUUUCUGCUAUGGAAGUGCUCAUCCGCCCGCGACGGGUCCACCGUCCACUCGGACAACAGCUGGAAGCUAUAUCAGCAAUGGUGUCGUAUGGCCGAGCCGCAACGCACCGCGUGGAUCACCGCAGGGGCCAACGUCCAGGCCCUGUCGAAGUUUGCUCAUGCCAAAGUUAUGGAAUUGAAGACUGAUGACCAGCAAGUACCUGUACAAACACCAACCAUUGAGAAGAAACCUCGUGGCCGACCAAGAAAAAUUAACAAAAUCGAAGAUUCGGAGACUCAGCCGUCUGGCGAAGACAGUGACAGUCACCUUAAAACUAGUCCAGCACAGAAACUCUUAGUAAAUAAAGUACCUGCUCAGAAUGCCAAAAAGCAGGAACUCAUGGAUAAGGACAGUGUGCGCCUAGCUCAAGAGCGGGUUCCUCCUGAAGAUCGCAUCGCGCGGCGUACGGAACGCGAAGGUGGCGAUCCCGCGGACGCCGGCGAGUUUGUCGUCGAGAAGAUACUCGCCAAGCGAUUCAACCCUAGGCGAAAGCAGUAUGAAUAUCUGCUUAAGUGGGAGGGAUAUCCGCAUGAACAGAACACGUGGGAGCCAGUCGAAAACAUGGAGACUUGCAAGCAUCUCCUUGAAGCAUUUGAGAAACAACUAGCGCGACAGAAAGAGCUGAAGGCGUUGAGGGCUCAGCAGCAACAACAGGCGCCUGUCCAGGUAAAACAAGUGAGCACUCCUCUACCACAGGUCGUGAAGCAGGUAGUGAAAAAGACAGAGAGCCCCGCGCUAACGCCCACUGGACGUCUACAACGAACAAGCAAAGUACGAGCACUGGAUCAAGUGAAAGCGUGGUGUGGCGCUGAAGAUGAGCCCGCCGCUAAGAGAGUCAAAAAAGAAGUCUCCAGUGACGAUGAAGAUUAUUCCGACCCUGAUUCUAGAGUUGACAAGAAAGUGGUGAACGGACAGACGUCGCCAAAGACGACUCUCGACCCCGAGCUGGUGAAAUCACUCGGGCUCGGCGGGAAGGGCAUGCCCAACAUCAAGGGCGUCAUCAAAGUGGACCCUAAGCAUAUGCCUAACCUCUCCACUGGAGUGUACAUAAUGUCAAAGAGUUCGGGUAUUAUGAAGAUCGACUCCCCCGGCAAGCUGGGGCCGGGGCUCAACAUCGACCAGGACGCCAUCCGGAAACAGAUCUUGGCUGCCAAACAGAAAAAAGUGGAGGAAAAGAAAGCUACGCCUGUAUCUCAGAUAAAGAAGACCUUCGGUUCCGGUGGGCAACAAGUCACCGAGAAGACGAUAAUCACCCCGUCAGGACAGAAGAUCAUCCAGCGCACAAUCCAGCGGCCUGUCACAGGCGGAGAGGGCAAGUCUCCCGUCAAUAUUCUCAACAAGAAACUCGCACAGGGCGACAGCCUACUUCGCCGCGGUGGUUCCAGCCGUGGUCGCGGGCGAGGCGGCUAUUCGGUCGCAACGGCUGCCGGCAACAUCGUGCGUCUCCGGGACAAGAGCCUGCCCCAGAUAGAGUUCGAGCAGUCGGACGCUUCGUCGGACACGUCAGACGGCAUCGAGGACCCGUUCCCGCGCGAUCUGGGCCCUCUGCCGCCGCCCAGCCCCGAGCGCGAGCUGACGCUGUGCCCGCUGACCGGGAGGCGCUUGGCGCAGGCCGAGGGCGAGCCCACGCCGCCGCCCACCCCAUCGCCCCCGCCCACGCCGCCGCCGCACACUGCCGUGCCCACCAUGCUCAUGAAGGUGGAGAUGUCGCCUGGUGGUACGACGGGAAUGCUGGUGCAAGGCGAUGGAGCCCAGCCUUCGUUACCAGUACUUACGGAUGAGGAUGGCACUGAAGUGAAAGUCGAAGCAAGCGCAGUGAAACAGCUGUUAGAAGAGAGCAUAGGAGUAGAGGAGGGCGACGAAGUCAGUCUGCUACAAGCUGGACACCCGCCUAUUAUGAUCCGAGGAGAGGAUGGAGUUUUAUAUCAGGUGGCAGGCGAAAACGAAGCUGGCCAGACGCUUCUAGUGGCGGCGGAAGGUGUAGAAGGAGCCGUUGAGGGGGUUGAAGGGUCUGUUGAGGGCGAGGGAGAUGGAGUUAUGUACGUCACCAGAGAAGACGGACAGGAUGUGUUGGCGAUAGACCCGACGCAGCUGGCGCAGCUGAUGCCAGGUGGUGAGGCGGCGCCGGCGCUACAACAGGUGGCUGUGCAGGUGGAGGGCGAGCCUGGAGAGGACGCCACACAGGUCAUUGCGCAGCUUGUGCAGGCCGACUUGCCCUCGCCAGGUGGCACACGGCGGGUAGUACUUCUCCUGCCCGACGGUAGCUUCACAAUGACAGAACUUGACAGAGAACAGUACGAGUCCAUCACAGAGGCCGGCAAAGCGCAAGAAUGAGUCAACUUGGAGAUUUGACUUGACUAUAAAGAUGACUCCAAUGAGUCACUCGAACUUCGAACUUCUAAACCCAGUUGAAUGUUUAAUUACAAUGCGGUUAUUUAAAGCCUUUUUUGCAUUUGUUAGUACAUAGAAUUCUUAUAACAAAAAGGAUCAACGUAGAGCUGCAUACGUUGUUCUAAAUCAUCAUCAUCAACUUACAUGCAUCCACUGCUGGCCACCUUUCUCAGGGCGUCCAACACUACUUUUUCCUUGACAUGAUCGCCAUUUCUUCGUUCUAAAUACAGCUAGUAAAUAAUGACUUCUUUAUUUCAUUGUAAUUGUAAAUACUUUAGAAUGGAAAAUGAUACAUUGUACAGACAAUUAGUACAGAUAAAAUUGUCUAUUUAACCUAAUCUGCGUUUAUUGGUUUAGAAAAUAUAGACUAAGAGAUAAAAAGAGGUUCUGUGGUAAUUUCAGGAGCUGUGGUUAAUCUCCACUAAAUUUAUUACAAAUAUUGAAAUUGCAACAUUUACUCCAGCACGAAUCAAAUGGUUAAAACUUACGGUUAUCGGCAUACUUGCACUGUUUAUUAUUCUACCGAAUAUUCAUUGUAAAAUAUAGUAAAAAAUGGCGAGUUGUAGUAGUCUUAGAUAUAGGUAGAUUGUAAAAUAUUUUAUUCUUUUUA